UUGCGGGGAUUGAGCUGAGUCGCGCUCGCGGAGUUUGUACCGGUUGUCGGGAUGUUUGGUGGGCCUGGCGCCCGGGUUUUCCUGAGGUUCCAGCCUGACGCGCGCCAAUUUGUGCGGGCAGCGGCAGCGGUUUAUUUGCGGAGCCAUGGGAAAGGGGCAGAAGUGGGAUGUCUUGAGCUUUGCGAAGCAGGAACUGGCGGAUUCGGAUGUGGUGACGCUGGGGUUGAAGAAAGGCACCCACUACGGGGAAGUUGACGUUUCACAGAACCAUCUGACAGCUAAGGGGCUCGACCCAGUGGUGAAGUUUGGCAUCCGCUGCCCGGAGUUGCGUGUGUUCAAGGCGUUCAAGAAUCAGAUUGGAGACGAUGGCGCUCGUCAUAUCGCCAGGCUGAUUACAAGCUGCGCAUGCCUUGAGGAGAUCCACCUGUCGCACAACCAGCUGACAGGCAAGGGCGUGCGCAUCAUUGUUGCAGCGGCCUCCAACCGCGACAAGCAGCUGAGUCCCUUGUGGCUUCGCUUGGAACAUAAUUUGGUGACGGAGCCCAUGGCCCUUUUGCACGAGCUGGCCCGGGACUUCAGCGUGUGUGGGCGUAGCGAUGAGUGGCGCUGCAACAGCCGGCACUGCGCUUGGAAGAGGCGGAUCCAUGUGCCGUUCCUGCACAUGCAGCGGGAGCCAGACACAUCAGACACAUCAGACACCUGGACCGGAUGGCAGAGCAAGACGGUUGAGAAGCUGUUCCGGACGUAUGAGGACUAUGACUGGAGUUACUGGCCCGAGCCGGUCAAGCCAAAGAUGUUGAGAGUCGAGGAGUGGAAUGGAGAUCCUGAAGCAUGGAGCACGGCAGACACGAAGGCGAACAAGAAGGAGCAGAAGAAGCAGAAGGAGCAGAAGAAGGAACAGCAGAAGGAACCGAUCGAAUGGGAUACUGCAAAGACGGACUUGAAGACGGUCCCAAACAAUAUGUCCAAAGAUGAGCAUGGGCCACGCGAGACGGAGCCCCAGAAAUCCAAAGACGUCAAGAAGGAGUCCAAGAAAGAGCGAGUCAAAGCUGCCGUGCAGGCUGCUGUGCAAGCUGCUGCAGUGCCAGCGGCUCCAGUUUUGCCUUCAGAGCGCGAGAGCGAAGCUUUUGGGUGGAACGCACCGGAUUUGCCAGUCGACCCGGCCUGGGAUGGAGCGCUGCAACUGCAGUACAUGUUGGUUCAGAGCUGGAAGUUGGACGCGUUGCUGCAGGCCAAGGAGCAGACUGUUCCAGAAGAUGCCGCGCAAGCGGAGGCUUGCAUGAAGGCGUUAGACCAAAUUGUGGAGGAUUUGGAACCGGAGCGGCAGUGGAAAACUCACGCUUUUGGUAGCAUGACGACCGGCUUUGGCUUGAAGGGCUGUGACUUGGAUAUCAUGCUGAGAGUUCCUGAUGCCGCACAAGCAGAGGAAACCGACAGCAAAGAGAUUCUGAUGAAGCUGCGGAAAGUACUCUUGGGCAAGCCAGAGUUCAAGGUGAAAGAAGUGAUUUUGUCGGCCAGGGUCCCCAUCUUGAAGUUGGAGUACCAGACGCGAGACGUCGACAUUUCGGUGAACAAUUUCAAGGCCCUGGCGAAUUCCAAGCUUUUGGCCGCCUACGCACAGCUGGACCCGAUGAUUCCGGAGUUUGGCACUGCUGUGAAGCUUUGGGCCAAGGCAAAUCAGAUCUGCGGAGCGCCGGACGGCAACUUGUCGUCCUACGCCUUCAUCUUGAUGGCGAUUUACUUUCUGCAGGUCGCCAGCGGCGAUGAGGUGCCAUGUUUGCAGGAGGGCCUGGCGAAUGAUCUGGAAGAUUUGAAGGAGCGACUGGGUCAAGAUGAUGUAAAAAGCUGGCGCCCAAGCGAAGUGAAAGAGUCAAGAGGUCUGUGGAACCACUUGGCCGCAUUUUUUGCCUUCUAUUCCAAUAGCUAUGGCCCCACCUGUCGUUAUGAGCCUUUCCGCUGGGGCGAGGAGGUGGUGUCUGUACGCCUGGGCCAGAAGUCUCGUGCGCUGAAUGUGGACUCGGAGGAUUUUCGGGCGCUGAGCCGCCGGCAGAAGGGAGUUCUGCACAUCGAGGAUCCAGUCGACCCCAGCCGCAACCUGCGCGAUGUCUUCCGGCCCGGGCGAGAGGAGAUGCUGCAGCAGGAGCUAAAGCAAAGCCACAAGGUCUUUGUCUUCCAGGCACAGACUGGGAUGAUUCCGGAGGUUCCGGAGAGUGGGCCUUUGAUUCAGAGCCGCGAAAGACGCUUUCGGCUUUAAGGCUGCGGAGUUCGGCCCAAGCUGGUAACAGACAGUAUUGCCAGCAUCUCGGGAUGCUGUCCAGGUGAGUUGACAUAUAUACAGCGCAUCCGAUGCAGACGCAAUGAUCCCGGCGCGGGCAGUAGGUCAUGUUCGUUUCCGCCGUGCGUUUGCCUUCGCUCUCUUCAGGACCCAAGAGUUUUGAUACUGCCCUGAAGCAUUCAGCAUUCAAAGGGUUGGCCAGGCGGGUCUGAAUGCAACAGAUGCAUCAGUUUGGGGCAUUUUGAGGCUGACGUCACCAUUUUAGACCUGGGCCUGUUGC